AUGACUAGUUUUAUUUUGAAAGGUAUGGACCGGACGUGUGCUCUUCGUUUGUAGCCACUUAUCGUGCUUCAGAACGACACGCUGUGCAGAGUAGCCGUCGAAAGUCAAAGUAACGUUAGUUUUAUUAUAAACGUUUGCAUAGUUUUAGAUACAGCAUUCUUUUUUGAGUUUACUUUGAUACCCGCGGACCUGCACACCCCGAAAGGACAUUGAACACUGUUAGCUAGCUAACUUUAACUUAGCGUUACUUCACUGUCUGAUUUUCCUGCUUUGUAUAACGUCAACCCGCGUUGCUAUUUUGUUAGGCAACAUUUUUUUUCUUUAACCGAAACGUUGACACAUUAGCCCAGUCGUCUGCUUCGCUGUUUGCAACGAUGAGCCGCGUGAAGGAAGAAUCUCGAAGUGGGUCCCCUCACUGCCCAAAACCCGACGAGUCUGAGGAGCCGCUGGGCACAACCAUGGAGACUGGAGCUUCCAAUGACAUCGGUGUGAAAUGUGAGAAUGCGACAUCUGAGGUGGUCAUCACCAAGGAAAUGGAGGAUGAAGAGAAUAAGCUGAUGGAGGAAGGGGAGAGGAAAGAAAAAGAGAUAAUGGAAAAGGCCCGGCAAACACAGCAGAAGGAGUCUCAUGACAUGCGGUUCAAGAGGCUGCAGCAUUUACUGCAGAAGAGCAACAUAUACUCCAAGUUCUUGCUGACUAAGAUGGAGCAACAACAGAGCGAGGAGAACCUCAGGAAGGAGAGAUCUGAAAAGAAGGCCAAGAAGAACACAAACCGUGCAGAGCCAGAGAAAGAUAAAAAGAAGAGGAGGAGGGUUGACGACUACAAAAUAGCAGACGUCAUGUCAAAAGAAGAAAUCUUGUCGCAAGCCAAGAAAGCAAAAGUGGAGGAAGCGGACAAGGCGCCGGUCCAGAGGAAACUAGAAGCCGAGGACAUCGAGAAGAUGUGCGAUUCCAACCAGGACAUCAAGAACCGCCUGUCGGAGGCGGUGCGAGACAACGCCAAGCAUCUCCUGCAUCCCGACAGGAAGGUGAACGGCGAGCCGGUCCCCGCCCAGCAGCCGCAGCUCUUCACCGGAGGUGUCAUGAGGUCGUACCAGAUAGAGGGCACAGAGUGGCUGAGGAUGCUGUGGGAGAACGGCAUCAAUGGCAUCCUGGCUGACGAGAUGGGACUGGGGAAGACCAUCCAGUGCAUCGCUCACAUCGCUAUGAUGAUAGAGAAGAAAGUGAUGGGCCCCUUCCUGGUGGUGGCUCCUCUCUCCACUCUGUCCAACUGGAUCAGCGAAUUCAAGCGCUUCACGCCAGAGGUGUCAGUGCUGCUCUACCACGGCACCCAGGUUGAGAGGGCCAAGCUGCUGAAGCAGAUCCGCAGACCUCAGGGGGCCCUCAGCAUGUGCCCUGUGAUGCUCACCUCCUUCGAGAUCGCCAUGAUAGACAGAAAGUUCCUACAGCGCUUCCAGUGGAAGUACCUGAUAGUGGACGAGGGCCACAGGAUUAAAAAUCUCAACUGCCGGCUGGUGCGUGAACUGAAGAUGCUGCCAACCGACAACAAGCUGCUACUGACCGGCACGCCGCUGCAGAACAACCUGGCCGAGCUCUGGUCCCUCCUCAACUUCCUCCUGCCAGAGGUCUUUGACGACCUCAAGAGCUUCGAGUCGUGGUUCGACAUCAGCACCAUCGGUGAAGCGGAGACCUUGGUGGCUACUGAGCGUGAACAGAACAUCCUGAGCAUGCUGCAUCAGAUCCUAACUCCAUUCCUGCUGAGGAGGCUGAAGUCAGACGUGACACUGGAGAUUCCUCCGAAGAAGGAGAUCAUUGUGUACGCUCCUCUGACAGCCAAACAGGAGGCCUUUUACACCGCCGCGGUCAACAAAACCCUCGCCAAGAUGCUGGGCCAGGAAAAGUCAGAGGCUCCCGCGGUGUUGACGUCAAGUGGGCGGCCGAAGCGCGGUUGUCGAAAGGUGGUGGACUACAUAGAGCGAGACGGGGACACGCCGUACGACCUGGAGAAAUAUCUGGAGAUGGUCCAAAAGGAGCACGAUCAGCAGAGCUCGUUUCCGGUGCCGGAUGUCCAGAGACCGCUGGAUGCCCAGAUCAACCUGAAGCUGCAGAAUAUUCUCAUGCUGCUAAGGAAAACAUGUAACCACCCCUACCUAGUGGAGUAUCCCCUCGACCCCGCCACACAGGAGUUCAAGAUUGACGAGCAGCUGGUGCAGAGCUCCGGAAAGUUUCUCAUACUGGACAGACUGCUGCCUGCACUGAAGGAACGGGGACACAAGAUUCUGAUCUUCAGUCAGAUGACGUCCAUCCUGGACAUCCUGGUGGAUUACUGCUAUCUGCGGGGCUUCCAGUACAGCCGACUGGACGGCAACAUGUCCUAUUCCGACCGAGAUGAAAACAUGACCAAGUUUUCCAAAGAUCCUCAGGUGUUCCUCUUCCUGCUGAGCACCAGAGCCGGAGGACUCGGGAUCAACCUGACGGCCGCCGACACCGUCAUCAUCUUCGACAGUGACUGGAACCCCCAGGCCGACCUGCAGGCUCAGGACCGCUGCCACCGAAUCGGGCAAACCAAACCGGUGGUGGUGUACCGGCUGGUCACGGCCAACACCAUCGACCAGAAGAUCCUGGAGAAGGCCUCGGCCAAGAGGAAGCUGGAGCAGAUGGUCAUCCACAAGAAUCAGUUCAAAGGCGGGAAGGCAGCGCUGAGCCACAGCAAGAGCUGCAUCGAUCUGGAUGAGCUGAUGUCGCUGCUCAAAGCCAGAGGCACACAGAAGGAGGUGAAAGCAUCGAGGGGGAAAGUGAUCAGCGACAAGGACCUGCAGCUCUUGCUGGAUCGUAGCGAUUUGCUGGACAAAGCAAAGGAGAACGUGAAGAAAGAGAAGGCGGGAGUCUUCAAAGUGAUUGAUGCCAAAGAGUCGUCGGAGAUCACGUUAACCUGAGAACACUCACUCAUUUGUAGACUUUUUUUGUUUUUUCUCUUUUACUUUAACUGUCUCGAUAGUACGAAAGUCUUCAGUAUACAUGUUCUUCAUGUCUCUUUUUUUUUUAUAUAUAAAUAAACUGAUUUCAUGACU